AAUGAUUUGGCAAUGAGUCAACAUCAAGAUGUCAUGCAUGGAAAGUUCGAUGUUUAUCCAAUAUUUGGCCCUUUUCAAAACCAGCCCCAUUUUUGAAAUGUGUAAUUCUCACUAAAAUCCUCUCUCCUUCCGACAAUGAACCACUGUUUCCGGCGACGGAGUUCAAUCUGCACUAGCUGGCUCUUCAAUGGCGCCACCAAGGAGACCUGCCGCCCACCAAUUCGGAGGAGUCUCUGUCAACCACCGGAAGCCUGGUCGUGGAAGUCAAUGGACGGCAUGGUGAGAUCGCCGGCGAAUUACGUGCCCCUGUCACCGGUGAGCUUCUUGGAGAGAGCCGCCAAGGUUUACGGAGAUCGAACUUCGGUCGUCUACGGAUCGGCUGAAUUCACUUGGAAGCAGACUCACCUGAGGUGUGUGAAGCUCGCUUCUGCCCUCACACGCUUGGGCGUUUCCACCGGCGAUGUGAUAGCAAUACUGGCGCCUAACAUACCUGCCAUGCAAGAGCUGCAUUUCGCAGUGCCGAUGGCCGGAGCAGUCAUCUGCGCGUUGAACACGCGCCACGACUCGUCCAUGAUCUCCGUCCUGCUCCGCCACUCCGAAGCCAAGAUUAUUUUCGUCGAUCACCAGUUGCUCGGUAUUGCUCAGGGCGCAUUUGAUCUUAUAGCGAAAGACGAGCUCGAACCCCCACUCCUCGUCUUGAUUCGGGACCCUGAUGCCUCUGCCUCCGUCCCAAAUGGCACUCACGAAUACGAGACCCUUCUGGCUGGGGGAGAUGCUGGACACGAGGCCAGGCAGCCGAGAACGGAAUGGGAUCCGAUCAGCGUGAACUACACCUCUGGGACGACAUCGCGCCCGAAAGGGGUAGUGUAUAACCAUAGAGGCGCCUAUCUGAACGCCCUAGCUACACUGUCGGUUCAUGGGAUGAGCUCGAUGCCUGUCUACCUCUGGACAGUGCCGAUGUUCCACUGCAACGGCUGGUGCCUCAUUUGGGGGCUGGCGGCGGUAGGUGGCACAAACAUCUGCCUACGGCGUGUCUCCCCGAGAGAAAUAUUUGACACACUUGCUGCAAAAGCGGUCACCAACAUGGGAGGGGCUCCGACAGUCUUGAACAUGAUCGUGAACUCCCCUGACCGGAGGCCGCUGUCUCGCAAGGUUGAGAUCAUGACCGGCGGAUCACCACCCCCGCCCUCGAUUCUGGAGAGGAUCGAGGAGCUCGGAUUCAGAGUGUCGCACUUGUAUGGACUCACAGAAACUUAUGGGCCAGCCACGACGUGUCUGUGGAGGCCUGAGUGGGACUCGUUGCCUCGCGAGGAGCAGUACCGGAUCAGAGCGCGGCAGGGGGUGGAGCACUACGCUCUCGAGGAGGUCGACGUAAGAGAUUCGGUGACGAUGGAGAGUGUACCUGCGGAUGGUGCAACAAUGGGUGAGAUCAUGUUUAGAGGAAACACUGUGAUGAGUGGAUACCUGAAAGAUGUGAAAGCCACGGAGGAAGCUUUUGCAGGGGGGUGGUUCAGAAGCGGCGAUCUUGGUGUGAAGCACGACGAUGGCUACAUAGAAGUUAAGGACAGGUUGAAGGAUGUGGUGAUCUCUGGCGGCGAGAACAUAAGCACAGUUGAGGUUGAGACGGUGCUGUACCGCCAUCCAGCAAUUCUUGAGGCAGCGGUUGUAGGAAGACCGGAUGAUCACUGGGGGCAGACGCCCUGCGCCUUUGUGAAGUUGAAGGAUGGAUUUGAGGUCAGCAGUGAGGAGAUAAUAGAGUUUUGCAGAGAACGUUUACCUCAUUAUAUGGCGCCAAAGACCGUCAUUUUCGAGGAUAUACCAAAGACCUCAACAGGCAAGAUUCAGAAAUUCAUCCUCAGGGAGAAAGCAAAGGCCCUGCCCCCUUCUUCUUCAUCUUGAUCUCAUCUCAUUCAGAGAGAGAAGAUUUGUAGAACUAAAUAAUAAACUUGCAAGAUAUCUAUAAAGCUAUGUCCAGAAAGUGUAAGAUCUUAAAGUCUAAAGCUCUGUUUUCGUAUAUUGAUCACA